UGCCCUAACUUUGAAAGUGCAGAUUUUCAAAGUGGAGGGGGUGUUAGUGGGCAAUGGUCAGAGGUAUAUAAGGGAUACCUGAUCAACCAUACUCAUCACUUACUAAGCUGAUUCAACUACACCACCUCAACAAUGGCCUUCAAGUUUGUAGUUCUCGCCGCCCUCGUGGCAACCGCAAGCGCAGGAUUCAUCGGCGCACCUUUGGGUUACGCUGCGGCACCAGCACCCCUAGCGUAUGCAGCCCCAAUUGCAAAGGCAGUGGUAGCGAAAACCAUCGACGCCGAUUUUGACCCUCAUCCACAAUACAGUUACUCCUACGACGUGCAAGACGCCCUCACCGGAGACUCAAAAAGCCAACACGAAACCCGUGACGGAGAUUUAGUGCACGGAAGUUAUUCGCUCCUUGAAUCUGACGGAACACGCCGCACCGUCGACUACACCGCUGACGCCAUCAAUGGAUUCAACGCCGUUGUUCGCAAAGAACCCGCAGCAAUUGCCGUGAAAGCCGCCGUAGCCGCUCCAGUUGUUGCCGCAGCUGCCGCUCCAGUUGCCUACGCUCAAUACGCGCAUGCGCCAGCGAUCGCCGCACCUGCGCACAUCGCCUACAGUGCACCAGCUGCGCACUACGCCUACAGCGCUCCAUUGGCGCACACGAAGUUCGUCUCCCCCCUCUCCUACGCCAGCCACGCCUACAUCCACUGAUUUACCUCAAAAAUUCUUUCUAUUUAUUUGCAAAUUAUCGAGUCUCAUUAAAUGAUUUUAUAAAACAUUGAAAAAA